AUGGAUGAGGAGAAGAGAGGUAGCAUCGGUUUCUUCUCAGCAUACCGACCACCAGUGCCAUUAGACAUAUACUCAUCCCCAAUGUUUCCUCUGUCGUUUUCUGAAAGGGAGAAUUUUAUGACUGAUAGGGAUCACUACAAUUACAAUGGCCAAGCCAUUCCAUCAAUUGCUCUUAAAAAAAUUCUGACUCGCCCUAAAUUGGCUUGUCAAGGCUUUAAUGCGGCCGAUGUUGAUUCAGGUCGUCUUUCGGGCAUGAUUUUUGUGUCUGAACGCGACCAUCUUGAAAAGCUUUACAUAGCUUUUCGCUUCAAUGAUGAAGUUAAAAUCUUUUGUUUUGCCGAUGUAUAUGACACAUUUGAUGGUAUUCGUAUGGAGGACAGUGGAUGUAUUGCUGGUGAUUAUCUUAUUUAUGUCACUACUAAAGAUGAUCCGUGUAAACGUCGUCAACCAUGGAAUGCUGUCUACAAAACUCAUCUCAUUACUGCUCAAACUAGACGCCUCACCCCAUUAGGACAAGCUGAUUUAAGUCCUUCAGUAUCACCCUGUGGAAAGAUGAUAGCGGUGGCAUCAUUCGAGAAUAAAGGUGGAUGGGAUGGUGAGAUUGAAGAUCUAAAGACAGAUAUUAUUGUGAUGAAUGUAGAUGAGCCUUGUUGUCGUUGGAUGGUUAUAAAUAAUGGAGGUUGGCCGAGUUGGGGAAGUAACAAUGUCAUAUUUUUUCAUCGCAAGGUUGGGAAAUAUUGGGGUGUGUUUAGAACUGACAUUAGUAGGGGAGAUUGCAUUCGUGUCACCCCUGAGUGCAUAAAUGCAAUGACUCCCGCUGCUGUUAGCGAGACCAUUGUGGUCGUCGCAGUUAUGCAUCGAGAUUAUCGACACAUUGUAGUUUUUGAUGUUACUCAAAGAAUGCAACCUAGUCAUAUCACUUUAUACAUAGCACCAGAGGCUGACCAUUUUAACCCUUUUGUGAUUGAUGGUGGAAAACGCAUUGGUUAUCAUCGUGCUAAGACAAACUUUCUAAAGGGUGGAAAUCAUGAUAUUGAAGAAAAUUUCAAGAGGUUGGAUUCUCCAUAUCCAGAUGUAGGAUUGUUUAGGGUUUCAGGAGUGUUUCCAACCUUUUCAAAAGAUGGAUCCAAGCUUGCAUUCGUCGAUAAUGAUUUUAAAAAUCUGUAUUUAGCGGAUAGCCAAGGAUUGCAUAAAAUUUAUACGGCAACAAAUAUUAGCAUUUUCGGACCAGUUUGGAACCAAGAUCCCGGAAAAAAUACAUUGUAUUUUUGCAUGGGAGAACCUUUCAAGCCUAAAGCAGCCGUAGCCAUUUGUGCCAUGCAACAUGUUCGAACAUGUAACCAGAGUAUCAAACAACUUACUGCAUGUGGCACUAAUAACGCUUUUCCAUCAUCCAAUCCACAAGGAACGAAAAUAGUAUUUCGAUCUACAAGAGAUGGAGGACAAGAAGGAUACAAGAAUCUAUACAUAAUGGAAAAUGCAGAAUAUGGUGAGUUUGGUGGAACAACAAGAAGGCUAACAAGAGGGGAUUGGACUGACACACAUUGCAGUUGGUCACCAAAUAAUGACUGGAUAGUGUUCUCCUCAACUAGACACAAGUCACCAUGGGCACCAAAAACUGACAAUGGUCUUGACCCAGGAUUUUUUGCUGUGUUUCUAGUAAAUGCAAAUAAUCCUUGUGUUGUGGUAAGAGUAUUUGGAAGUGGGUAUAAUCUUCAAGGCCAUGUAAAUCAUCCAUUUUUCAGUCCUGAUGGUAGGAGCAUUGUUGUGACUUCUGAUCUUGCUGCUGUUUCUGCUGAUCCAAUCUCUAUGCCUAUUCUUCCUCACUCUGUUAGAUCUUAUGGAGAUAUAUUCAGUGUGGAUAUUGACCCAUAUGACAUUAACAACAAUUGGAAUGUGCCGAAUUUCAAACGUAUUACACAUAGUAGGUAUGAGAAUACUACUGCUAGUUGGACAAAGUUCUCAACUCAAGACCCACAUGCAGCUUGGAAUAGUCAAUUAGAAUCUAACAAAGAUCACCACUAUAUGCUCAAAUGCCCUUAUGCACAUCCUAAAACAGGUUGA